AAAGAGAGCAGAAGAGAAACAUAAACCAUAGAGCGGCAGGAUUAAAUGAGAACAUAUUGAACAGUAAAAGAGAAAUUGAAAACAAAAAGACAAGGUGAGUUUGUGUUGACAAGGACAGCUAAAGAGACGGUUUGACCAAAUGAAAUGGAAUCAAAGAGACUGAGACAAACUUGGGAUUAUCAGUAACGGAUCAUCAGAAGUGGAGUUUCUCAAGCAUGGACUAGCUUGGGUGUCUGCGUACACACACAUACUCUUUCUACGAACACACACUGUGGUUUCCUGUUGUUAGCCGUCUCGGUGGUGGACAGGACAGUAUGCAGGAGUCUCCAGGUGCCGUGGGUGUAGAUGGCAGCUACGCCAGCAACGUUCCAGCCUUUCUCACCAAGCUGUGGACCCUAGUGGAGGAUCCAGAUACCAACCUCCUCAUCUGCUGGAGCACUUCUGGGACCAGUUUUCAUGUGUUUGACCAGGGACGCUUUGCCAAGGAAGUCCUUCCAAAGUACUUUAAACACAACAAUAUGGCCAGCUUUGUUCGACAGCUCAACAUGUAUGGAUUCCGUAAGGUGGUCAACAUUGAGCAAAGCGGCCUGGUGAAGCCCGAGAGAGACGACACAGAGUUUCAACAUCUUUACUUCCUCCAGGGACACGAACACAUGUUGGAACACAUCAAGAGGAAGGUGUCCAUAGUAAAAAGCGAGGAGACCAAAGUCCGUCAGGAGGACCUCAGUAAACUGCUCUAUGAAGUCCAGCUUCUCCGAACACAACAAGACAACAUGGAGUGUCAGAUGCAGGACAUGAAACAGCAGAAUGAAGUGCUGUGGAGAGAGGUGGUCUCACUGAGACAGAACCACACACAGCAACAGAAAGUCAUGAACAAGCUGAUUCAGUUUCUGUUCAGCCAGAUGCAGUCCAACACACCCAGCACUGUAGGCUUAAAGAGAAAGCUGUGACCCUUGAUGUUGGACGAUGGUUCUCCCGGAGCUCCGGGCUCCAAGUUCAGCCAUAGUCACCCGAUGGAGCCCAUGCAUGAGCCUUUCUACAUCCAGUCGCCAUCCAGUGAUACUGCCUCUUGCUCUACCAGUGGGCUGACAGGAGGACCGAUAAUAUCCGAUGUAACUGACAUGUCUCAGCCCAGUAUGGCCCUCCAGAUGCAGCCUGAUGAGACGAGGGAAAAGUGCAUGAUGCUUAUCAAAGAGGAGCCUGUGAGUCCAGGGGUGCGAGGAGGAAGGAAAGGAGACAAUGCAGGGGGAGAAGAUGCCGUAGCGUUGCCGUCCUCCUGUGAGGUGUGCUCCUCGGAACCUCCUGUGCUCCCCGUCGCGAUGGUCCAGUCUGUUCUGGAGGGAAGGGGUUCCCUGGCCUCUAUGGUGGAGAGGAGAAGUAAGAGACCUGCCCUGGACAGAGUGGAGGUUUCCGAUGCGGUGGAGAACGUGGACAUGAGCCUGGAGGAGCUGCAGCAGCUGCUGCUCAGGAGCCAUCAGCAGAGCACUGUGGACGCUGGGACCAGUUCUGCUCUGGAUCCUUUCAGUUUAAGUCUUCCUCUGACUGAGUGGAACUUCACAGAGAUUGAGUCCAACCUGAAAUCAUACAUGUUCCAGAACCAGGAAGCGGAGGCUUUUCCAGCGGCUGGCUGUGAGGAGCAGUGAUCCAUCUGCGCUGUGGACGGUUUUCAAAAAGGAAGGCCACAGAAGCGGAUGUUCUCCUCAUUAUUCCGCUCUGCAUGGAUUUGAUCCCACGGCUCUGCCAGGCUGCUUCUUACAUGUGGUAUUCUUUGCUCCCCUCCUUCUUUCUUUAUUUCCAUUAACACACCUACAAAAUGGCCAAAUCAAUAUAUUUCCAUCAGCCAGCAGCUCUUUAUGCAUGAUUCUUGAACGAGAAAAGAACUUCUUUAAAGUUUUCUGACGUCACCCAAACAAACAAGCGUGUUCUGACAGUUAUACCUGAAUUCCACUAUUAAGCCACCUGGAUGCAGACAGUGCAUUCUUGGCUGCGGCACUUUAGUCUUUGUGCGAGAGGGAGUUCUUGCUUGUGGAAGUGACUUUUUUUUCCUCUACUGUAUAAACAUCUAUAUUUAUCUAUUAAGCAAGUAACAAAUAAUAUUUUUAAUAUUUAAUCCUUAUUAUUUUUUUAAAUUUGUAUUUAAGAGAAUGGUUGAAAAGUCACUCUGAAAAUAAAUCUUGGAGUGCAAUGUAGCAUACUGUAUAUUAUAAGUCCUUUUUUCAGUCGGCUUAAGGGUGUUGAAAAUGUAAGGACUCAUCCAAUAUUUCAUGCAUUUCUAAUCAUGAUAAAUGUGUUGAGGUGGAUGAGAGGGGAUUCAGCCUUUCAUGAUAUCAAAGCUUCUUGUCCGAAAAUCUGUAUUCAAGCCACUAAAAUCUGUCUCUCUUUUAAUAAUAUCAUGAUAGGAGGUUUAACACACUGACGCGCCCAUCUAAUGUAUCUUUGCACAGGCCCGACAUGUAACUAGAGACUUGGUUACUUCUCUUCUGUCCAUUUAAAUGGGAAGUUUAAGGAAAUAUUUAAAAAGAGACUUCUCAUUUAACUAAACCAUGAACACAACUGCAUUUUUGCACAAUCUGUAUCACUAGUUAUAUAUAGUCAUGACAACAGGUCAGUUAUUUUGUGUCUGUAGACGAUCAACACUUUGUCAAUCUACACAUCCCUGUCUAGGAAAGAUACUGGCCUCAAGAUUUGUGGGCAAAUUUUAGUCUUGGAGACAUAAAAUGUACCACAGUUUAUAUUUGGAAACAAACGGCACCCUUGGAGUUGAGACUUAAGCGUGCAUAGGACAAAAAAAACCUGUUAGUAAGUCAUGACACUGACUUUUCAUUAUAUGGUGGGGUGGUUAUUUCAGAAUUUAAUCUGUUAUAGAACAACAAAGAUCUGCUUAAAAGACUGCAUAUUAUUCUCUGCAUUAUUUAAGAAAACCAAUAACCAUUCAAUGUGAAAUGUGUGUUCUCUGCACUGGUUGCAGGCAACAGUUUAAAGGUAAAUUGAUCGUAAAUAUUGGAAAUAUCCUGGAGAUGAGUUGAAUCGUGCAAUACUGUACAAAAAUGUGAGAACUCACAAAGUUGCAAUACAUGAAUGACCAUAGGAAUGUAGGAAACAGCUACAGCAGCUUGGAGUGGUGGACUAGAACACACGGAUGAUGUUAGCCUGUGAGAUUAAAAGCCCUGCUAGCACUUUACAUGAGUCAGACAAAGCUUCAACCUGUAGUUUCAGACAUCGUUAACGCCUCCAUUCAACUGUGAAUCUAGCUUUAAGCUUUAACACUUUUUUGCACAGAUUUACCUGUGCAAUUAGGCGCCUUUGUUAAUCUAAAAGCAAAAAGAAUUCAACUAUGUUGACCCUCAACUUUUUUGUCAGAGCUGAUGCUAGCAAGGUUAAAAAUUAGCUGUUGCAUUAGCUUUUUGAAAAAGUUCUUAAAAUCCAUGUAUUACAACCACUACUCAUAAGAAUGACUCCAAUUACUGAAAGUUAAAAAAUAAAUUCCUCUGACGGACGUGAAGAUGGUUCAUGUUUUGGAAAAUGCGGUAAGGAAGCUCAUGAAUGUGUUCCUCUUGUGUCGAUUUACCUCGACAUUCCAUUCCAUUCGCAAAAUUAAAAAGCUAAUGCAAACUGCUCCCUGCAGGUUAACAUUGUUUUUGUUGCAAAGCCUCCUUCUCAGUGCAGUCUUUAGGGAGAACGGUGGAAAAACAGGCUGUGGUGUAUUGUAAGUGAAAUUGCACUAUAUCACAGUUGUAUGCUUCUUGAGAGUAUACAGUACAUUUUACAUAUAGCAUUUUUAUUGUUCUUCAUGGAAAAAUGAGUGUUAUUGAUUUUUUUCAAGGAGUGAUGAAUCCUGACAUUUAGUUGCUGUUGUGUUCCUAAUUUAUUCUGUUUUCAAUUCUCACUGGCUUUUAAGCUUGUCGGGAUUGCAGAUAGAUAAGGAAGUAUUAUUGUUGACUGAGUGAAAAUAUAUCUGCUCUCACUAAGCCUGGUAUCCCAAAAGCACUGGUUCAAAUCCAACCAUACUUCAGCAUAUUGAUACAUUUACAAUGAAUACAAAACAGACGAAAAAACCCUUUCUUGUUAACAAAGUAUGCUAGCUGUCCAUACGGACACAGGGAAUCUGAGCGCUUAGAUGCCUUUAAAGUGGGCCUCAACCUGCAGAAAAUGUGAAUUGUUUUUGAUGUUUUUUUGCAAAGACUAAAGAGUUUUGUUAUUGAGUCAAAGAAAGUGAACAUGUAUUCCACCUGUAAGAAAUAUUCAAGUUGUUAAAAGAAAUAAAAGCAAAAGAAUGCAAACUAA